GCCUGUCACCCAGGGCCCUGUGACAAAAGCAGAGGGAAGAAGACGAGACAUUGAGGAGGAAAUCAGAAAGUUACUGUGCUGUAGACAUGGAACUGCGCUCUGAACUUCUCAAAUCUAUCUGGUACGGUUUCACAGCCCUGGAUCUGGAGAAGAGUGGUAAGGUGUCCAAGUCUCAGUUGAAGGUGCUUUCCCACAAUCUAUGCACAGUCUUGUGCAUCCCACAUGACCCGGUUGCUUUAGAGGAGCACUUCAGGGAUGAUGAUGAUGGUCCCGUUUCCAGUCAGGGUUAUAUGCCAUACCUCAACAAGUAUAUCCUAGAUAAGGUUGUUGAAGGCUCUUUUAUAAAGGAAAAUGUAGAUGAGCUCUGUUGGACUCUUACAGCAAAGAAGAACUAUCAAACAGACAAAUCCAGCAGCACCGUCCUGCCAGAAAAAGAUGCCUUUCGGCUUUGGUGUCUUUUUAAUUUUCUCUCUGAAGACAAGUACCCUUUGGUGAUGGUCCCUGAUGAGGUGGAGUAUCUCCUAAAGAAGAUAUGUAUGGCUAUGAGCAUCGAGUUUAACUGCGUUGAAUUAGAGGACUUCUUCUCCCAAGAUUCAGUGCAGCAGAGUGGCAUUACUGUUUGGGUUUUUCUGGAGAUGAUGAACUCAGGAAAGAUAACCAGAGGAAUAGAUAAAGGCAUCAUCAGUAUGGCCAUAGAGGAAGUAUACAGAGAGAUAGUUGGUGAUGUCCUCAAAGAGGGUUAUCUGUGGAAGAAAGGCCAGCUGAGGAGAAACUGGAAGGAACGCUGGUUCACCUUAAGGCCGAGCAACUUGUCCUACUACACCGGGGAGGACCGCAAGGAAUGCCAGGGCAACAUAGGUCUGGAUGGAAACUGCUGCGUGGAGGAAGUAGACGAUGAUCAAAUAUUGUUUGGUCGUUCAAAAUGGAUCAAAAACGUCUUUUUUCCAGUUUUGCCAGACCGGGAUGGAAAGAGAUGCAUGUUUUGUUUGAAAACUCUUUCCAAGACAUACGAGAUGAGCGCCUCGGACACCAAACAGAGACAGGAGUGGACUACAGCUAUUCAAACAGCGAUCAGGCUGCACGUGGAGGGGAAAAAAUCCCUCCACAAAGAUCUGAAGCUAAAGCGACGUGAACAGCGAGAGCAUCGGGAGAAGAGACGGCAGGCCAAGGAGGAGGAGCUGCAGAGGCUGCGGGCCUUGCAGGAAGAACGGGAGCGUAAGCUGGCGGAGCUUGACCUCCUGAAGGAGGCACAGAAGCAGGCCCAGGCCCUGCUGGAACAGGAUGAGCAGAGGAGACGCCAACAGCACGAACAGCUCCAGCAGGCUCUGGAGGUCCAGCUCAGAGAAGCAGAAGAGGCACGGGUUAGCAUGCAGGCAGAGAUGGCUCUGAAAGAGGAGGAAGCAGAGAAACAGAGGAAGAGGAUCCAGGAGCUGGAGGAGAUGCAGAAGCGUUUGGAGGAGGCGCUGCAGCAGGAGAUCAAAGCCAGGCUGGAUGAGGAGGCUUUCCGCUACGCUCAAGCAGGGUUGCUGGCGGAGGAAGAGGAGAAAAUGAAGGCCUUGAUGUCCCUGCAGGAGGAACAGGAGGAGUACAUCCUGAAGACGCAGAGGGAGAAGCAGGAGCUCAAACAGGAAAUGGAGGCCAAGUCCCGAGCCCUGGACGAGGCACAGAGGCAGCUGGAGGAGGUGCGAGCCAACCGGCACAGGGUUGACCAGGAUGUAGUGGCUGCCCAGAGGAAACUUCGCCAGGCGAGCACCAACGUCAAACACUGGAACGUCCAGAUGAACAGGCUAAUGCGACCUAUUGGACCAGGCGAGAAAAGACCAUCGCUGGGAAGCUCUUUCUCAUCCUUCCAGAUCCCUACACAGAGGGAUCCGGGGCUGCGUCUCUGGAGGAGAUCAGGAUCUGAGGAGAAGGACGAGGAAAGCAAAGAAAACGUUGACAACAGAGCUGGUUGUGAUUCAGAGAAACGCCACUCUCAUGCCUCAAAUGGAGAGAUGGACAUCCCAUAAGAAUAAAAACAACAGUGAGACUCCAGGAGCUCGUUUGAAAGGAUCAGCGAUCAUUGACUUUCUAAUGUGUAAUUAAAAUUUAAUAGCAGGACUAUACUGAAUUGAUGGUACUGCCAUUUCCAUUGCAUAUUGAAUUGACUGACCUCAUUUUAAAGACAGCAGCAGUUAAAAAUGGAGAAAAGCUUUGAAAUAAUCCUCUUCUCAACUAAGCUUUGACUGUGACCUGUGUAAGGCUUCGGGACAUAAAAAUACCUCAAUGCAAAUACAACGAGCUGUGAGCAAGAUCCUGAAAGGAAGUUGUAAUGUUUAAGAUGACGCUGUGCAUGCAAAACAAGGAAGGUGCUUCCUGUAACUCUGUAACAUUGACACAUAACACGGUUGCAUUUUUAUAAAUGUAUGUUUUGAGUGGGGACUAUGGAGAUUUUGAUGUAAAAAGAUGGAUCAGUAUUAAGGAUCAGUGUGAUCUCAUUGUAGAUGUGUGAGUCCUGAUAGACAGGAAAGAGGGCCAGAGAAACUCAUUGCACUUCCUGUUUCUUCUGUCAGUUAAAAUAACUGUAAAUAAAGGA